CCGGCGGUCACGUGACGGGCGGAGCUGGAGUCACGUGGCUGGCCGGGCCCGCCCCUCCCCCGCAGCUGAAGACGUCCCCUCCCGCAGUGACGGAGCCUCCGGGUCUGCGAUCCGUCCUGCUUCUGCACCUCGCGCUCCCGCAGGUAAAUUGGCAUGAUGGAUUUCUCCAAGCUACCCAAAAUUCUUGAUGAAGAUAGAGAAAGCUCAUUUGGUUAUGUGCAUGGAGUCUCAGGACCUGUGGUCACAGCCUGUGACAUGGCAGGCGCAGCCAUGUAUGAGCUGGUGAGAGUGGGCCACAGCGAGUUAGUUGGAGAGAUUAUUCGACUGGAAGGUGAUAUGGCAACUAUUCAAGUAUAUGAAGAGACUUCUGGUGUGUCUGUUGGCGAUCCUGUGCUCCGCACUGGUAAGCCCCUCUCAGUAGAGCUCGGUCCUGGCAUUAUGGGAGCCAUUUUUGAUGGAAUUCAACGACCCCUGUCGGAUAUCAGCAGUCAGACCCAGAGCAUCUACAUCCCCAGAGGAGUCAACGUGUCCGCACUGAGCAGAGAUAUCAAAUGGGAGUUUACACCCUGUAAAAACCUCCGGGUUGGCAGUCAUAUCACUGGUGGAGAUAUUUAUGGAAUUGUCAAUGAAAACUCACUCAUCAAACACAAAAUCAUGUUACCCCCACGAAACAGAGGAACUGUAACAUACAUUGCUCCACCUGGGAAUUAUGAUACCUCUGAUGUUGUCUUGGAGCUUGAAUUUGAAGGUAUAAAGGAGAAGUUUAACAUGGUCCAAGUCUGGCCUGUGCGUCAGGUUCGACCUGUCACUGAGAAGCUGCCGGCCAAUCAUCCUCUGUUAACUGGUCAGAGAGUCCUUGACGCCUUGUUUCCGUGUGUACAGGGAGGGACAACUGCUAUCCCUGGGGCUUUUGGCUGUGGGAAGACAGUGAUAUCUCAGUCUCUAUCCAAGUAUUCCAACAGUGAUGUGAUCAUCUAUGUAGGAUGUGGUGAAAGAGGAAACGAGAUGUCAGAAGUCCUUCGGGAUUUCCCUGAGCUUACAAUGGAAGUUGAUGGGAAGGUUGAAUCUAUUAUGAAGAGAACAGCAUUGGUAGCCAAUACCUCCAACAUGCCUGUCGCUGCCAGAGAAGCCUCUAUUUAUACUGGAAUUACACUGUCCGAGUAUUUCCGUGACAUGGGCUAUCAUGUCAGUAUGAUGGCUGACUCUACCUCUAGAUGGGCUGAGGCGCUUCGAGAAAUCUCUGGUCGCUUAGCUGAAAUGCCUGCAGACAGUGGAUAUCCUGCGUAUCUUGGUGCCCGGCUGGCAUCUUUCUAUGAGCGAGCAGGCAGAGUGAAAUGUCUUGGAAACCCUGAAAGAGAAGGGAGUGUCAGCAUUGUGGGAGCAGUCUCUCCACCUGGAGGUGAUUUUUCUGAUCCAGUUACGUCUGCUACUCUUGGUAUUGUUCAGGUGUUCUGGGGCUUAGAUAAGAAACUGGCUCAGCGUAAGCAUUUCCCCUCAGUCAAUUGGCUCAUCAGCUACAGCAAGUACAUGCGGGCCCUUGAUGAGUACUAUGACAAACACUUCACCGAGUUUGUUCCCCUGCGGACCAAAGCUAAGGAGAUUCUGCAGGAGGAAGAAGACUUGGCGGAGAUCGUACAGCUUGUGGGAAAGGCUUCUUUGGCAGAAACAGAUAAAAUCACUCUGGAGGUAGCAAAACUUAUCAAAGAUGACUUUCUACAACAAAAUGGAUAUACACCUUAUGACAGGUUUUGCCCAUUCUAUAAGACAGUAGGGAUGCUGUCCAACAUGAUUGCAUUUUAUGAUAUGGCCCGCAGAGCUGUUGAAACCACUGCCCAGAGUGACAAUAAAAUUACAUGGUCCAUUAUCCGUGAACACAUGGGAGAGAUCCUCUAUAAGCUUUCUUCCAUGAAGUUCAAGGAUCCAGUGAAAGAUGGUGAGGCAAAAAUCAAGAGUGACUAUGCACAACUUCUGGAAGACAUGCAGAACGCAUUCCGUAGCCUUGAAGAUUAGAACUGUGAUUCUUUUGUCUUUUUCCUCAGCAAACUCGUGUAUAUUUUCCUAAAUUUCUCAUCUCAAAACCUUGCUUCUUUAUUGUGCAGCUUUGGGACUGGUACCUAUGUGUGUUACCAUUUGCUUCCCUGUUUUAUUUGGCAGGUCUUACGGAAAACCAACAUUCCUUUGUUCUCACAUUUGAAGGGCCUCCCAGCCCCAGUGGUGAAUGUAGUGGUGGCUGCACUACUGUGACUGUGUGUAGGGUGAAACCCUCCUUGCCCUACGCUUCUGCUGCCCUUUUCUUUUCUGCAUUAAGUUGUACACAGGACUACUGCAUGUACUCUCUUUGCAAGGGAUUUGCCAUGCAAGGCCAGGUUCCCAUACUUAUUGUUUGGCCAUUGUGAAAUGACUCCAUAUCUGGGUGGUAAGGUCACUUGCAGGUUAGCAUCUUGCUAGCUAACUGCUUUACAGGAAAUGUUUACAAAAAUACAAAUGAUUAAUGUUCCAAUUAUGCAUUACUAUCCCUAUAUAAAUCAGGAAUAUUUAUGGGGAACUAUGUUAUCUUGUAAAACAGGCAUAUAUGGAGCUCAACACAAUCUGUAA